CCAAGCGCAGCAACGCGACAACUAACUGCUUUUGUGCCCGGUACAAACCACUCAAACAACACAUCCUUCUACAAGAAAGACACUUGCCUCCAUUCCUUACUUCAUUCAUCUCGCCUAUUUUGGUGGUGUAGAAAAAGUCGUCGUUGUUUUUGUUAUCGUUAGUAUUGGACAAUGUGCAAGCCGUUGGAUGACCCACAGUGCGCUACCGGCACACCCAACGCUGCUCUGUUGACCCAGCAGCAAGAGGCUUCUGCUACAGCUGCUACCGCUACUACUACUGGUAGAAACAGAACGAGAAAGGUUCGAUUUGGCGUGAGCAACAUUGUACAAGUCGCUCGCAUCGGAGAAGAUGAGGACGAAAAACAAUCGGUAUGGUACAAUCGUCAAGACUUUUGCUUGAUUCGUCAAGAGAUUGGCCAAGUCGUCGAAGCUCGUGCAGCGAAAGAUUGGCGCUGUAAAGAUGAAGACUUUUACUGCGUGCGAGGCUUGGAAUUCCUCAAACUCGACGAACACACUCCGUCGCGCAAGGAGCGUCGAUUGUGUUUUGCCAAGAAUGUCAUGAUUUUCCAGUGCAUGUCCAAGAAUGCAUCAUGCAGUAGCAAAAAGAAGAGCAAGGGUCGAGAACAAGCUCUGGCUGCGUAUUGUGCCAGACUCAGCAACGAGGCUCGAUCGAGGGCUCGGCGAUGGGGAGUGUUUGACGAGGAAGAAGCACGACAAGUCUUUUAUGAAUGUCGACUCAUUUAUCAUUUGAAUGGAAAAGAAUUCCGAAUGUUUGCGCCUACUUGUUCCCUACAAGCAUCCAUGUUUCAAAGGUCCAGCCGCCAUGACGACGACGACGAUGAUGAUUGUGACAGCGUGGAUAGCGAUGAUGGCGAGCUUGCCAUUGCCCCUCUCUACGACGUGUUUUCCUUUGAUAGCCUGAUACGGGUGAUCUCCACCGUGACGACUUUGGUUACAAGCUAGCUAGCCAAAAUCCUCCGUCUUGGCAGCAACCCAGGUUGAGCAAUAAUUUCUGUACUGUACCAAUAGCUACCCUCCAUUAUUCCUCCUUUCUUUGGUAUUCGGCAUCUUUGCAAGACAGAUACUUGGGUAAGUUAAAGGAGUGGGUCCCCUAGUUAGCUAGGCACCUGUAGAAGGAAUCGAAAAAAGACAAUCUCUGCAAGCUCUGAUGCCACUGCAGAUAGUGUCAGGGUUGAGCAGCAGACUCCGGCUGCUGAUCCUCUGAUCAACACCCAGUUGGAAGGAUCUCCAUGGUGCUUUCGCAAAGCCCAUCCAUCCCUCCCUGACAGAUCAGCGCAGUGUUUGGGAUCCAGCAGUCAGGUGUUAAUCACUCCCAAUCCUGGCACUAUCAAUCCGGCGUGCACAUCGGGCCCACUGUCCGUACUUAGCCGUAGAUAGUCACUGCCAUGCCCAUGUCAUCUACAUGUGGAAGCUGAGGGCGGUGGCUGGGAGUACAGGAAGACUCCCGGCACGCUCUUCAAUGAAAGGGUGUCCUUGCUUCCUACUCGAGUACAUUUGCCCUCAACUACCAGCUAGCAAGCUGAGGGCCUUUUGAACUAUUUGUUGUGAUUUCCGCGCUUUGCAGCUCCCCUUUUAUGUCCGUGCAGAUGCCCCAGAUGAAACCCAGCCC